CUUACAUUCUUGCAUGAGUUGCUUGUGUCAUGCUGCCCCCUCUCAAACUGUGGGCAGACAAACAUAACACCAGAAGAGAGAAAGCAGACAGGGAGAUUUAUUAGCAGCAGCAGAAGAACACUCGGGAGCUCCAAGAUUAAAAAAAAAAAAAAGAUAUAUAUAUAUAUUUUAUUCACAUUUUCCUGUUUCUAUAAGUAUUGUCCUCCUCAGUAAGCAAUGAGAGACAAUGUGGAUAUAUUGGAGAAUACUGUGGUCAGUUUGUCACCUUGUGAGACUCAUCUGUCUAAGGAUUAUCCUCUUGACUGGACUCUGUACAUCCCUGCUUAACUGGAUAACCAACACACUGUAGGAGACAUGAACCCUGAGUCUCUGGACGGGUCCAUCCAGAACACUCUCUCAGCCCUCUUUCCCCCAUUCGAGGCCACAGCCCCCACUGUCCUGAGCCAGCUCUUCCAGGUAAUAGAGGAACGUUUCCGUGGAGAUGCCCUCCAGUGUCUACUGGACUUCCUCAUCCCGGCCAAACACAUCCUUGAGAGUGUUCAGCAGGCUGCCUGUGCCCAGUACUCUGAUGUGGUGUUCUGCUGUGAGGGCUGGCCUCUGUGUCUGCAUGAGAAAGUGGUGAUCCAGCUGGCCCCGAUCAACCCCCUAUUUCUGUGCCCAGGGGACUUCUACUUGCAGGUUGCUCCCUUCUCUGAGCAGGCCGCCCGCAUCGUGGUCCGGAGCCUGCUGGAGGACGGACAGGGUCAGGUGGUGGAGGUGGAGGAGACACCCAUCCCUGAGACCUCCUACCCCUGCAUCUUCUCUGAGGACUGGCUAGGGGAGCUCAACCAAGGCCGCCACGGUACUCCACUUAGCCACUGUGUCCUCUCCACAGACCAGGGCAUGGUGAAGGUGCCAUGGGCGCAGGUGACUCUCCCUGAGUUUGUGGAUAAACCCAGAACUAUGGCCUCAUCAUCUCUUUCUCCAGCUGCUGUUCAACAGGAGGUAGUGGCAGGGCCCGGGCCCUCAUUGGUCCUGCCUCACCCUGCACCUGUGUACUCUGUGGAGACUAGGAUCUCUCCUGCUAAACAUGGCAUUGCGGUGUCGCUGCGUCUGGUGGACAGUAAUUGCUCCCGGCUGGUUAAGGUGGAUCAGGAUGGGCCUAUGGCUAAGCCCAUAGGCUGGGUGUCUCCCAACACAUGGGACAGCCGCAGCAACAACACCUCUGAGGUUGAGGGGGAAUACGUGGACUUGGUGGAGUUCACUAACAAGAAAGAAGCAUUGCUACUCAGUGGGGCUCACAGUUACAAAUAUCCCAGAGCGCUCAUGACUAGGCCUGUUCCACUUAACAGGCCUGGUGUCCCUCUGGCUCCAGCCCUGCCCCUGUCCUUGGCCCAAGCCCUGGCCCCCAACCAGCACCUCAGGGAACACUUACACUGCGGCCGGACCAUCCGGUCCUCCGAGGAGCCCCCCUGCACCCCUUGCAUGAGGAGGAGAAUGGGCCAGGUGUCCAAAGCACAGGAGCUCAGGUGCCGGUACAGGGAGUCUUACCAUUCAGCACUGCAGAACCCUGUUACCUUUGAGAGAGACAAUACACUGGCGGUUCUGGAGGAGGCUAGUCCAUGUGAGGGGAGACUGGGACUAGAGAGCAAAGAACUAUGUCCUGGUGUCUCCCAGCAGUGCUGCCAUCCAGACCCAGGACAUCAUGACCAGAUUCCCCCUGUUAGCACUGUUACCUGUAGGGAGUCUGGAGAAAGUAACACUAUAUCCAGUGGAGUUUUACAAGGCCUGAGUGACACUAUAGAGAACGAUGGGAAAUGUCCCUCUUCUCUGUCGACCACUGUUGUGGACACAUCAGAGAAGUGUGAAGUAGUGAUACAAGGAAGAAAAAUUAGGAGGGAAAUCGUCUCGUCUGCAGAGAAGAUUCCCAGCUUACAUGUAGUGCAAUGUAAAAACGCCACAGCUUUUGGACUGGUUUCCCCAAAGAUGAACAGGCGGAGACUGCCCAAAGAUGUCUCCCAGGCUCGCCAACCCUCCAUGCCUGUUAGAAACGGACAACAGACCCCUCCACCGGCCCCUCUCCCUGAGACAAUCCAGCAGCCUCCGGGUCACUAUGCUGUUUCCAGGUCUAAGGUCCAGCCACCAGACACAGAGGAACCCAGCACUCACCCCCUCCAGAUGGGAAUAGCAUGUCUUACUGGUGGCAGAGACAGGACAGGUCGGUUGGUGGUUGAGGUGUACGGAGACCAUGAAGGAUGGAGAUCUCCUUCAGUGUCUAGUCUGGAACUCUGCAAACUGCUGCUCUACCUCCACUCUGUAAUCAGGAGAGAACUAAGAGAACUUGGACUGACACUAGUUAUUGAUGCUCGGCAGAAUCCACCCCCAUCACAGUUCAAUAAGGCCUUGCUGAUGCUUCAGGAGCAAAUUCCCCAUGCAGUACACAGUGUCCUUAUCCUGGUGGAGAAAGAGAGCAGCCAUCGCCCAGAGAAAUGUCCUGGACAACAGAUUGAUGUAGUGACAUCACUGAAGGCGUUGCACAAGCUGGUGGAGGGGAGCCAAUUGACCUACGGCCUAGAGGGCACCCUGCCCUACAGCCACCAGGACUGGCUGCAGCUCCAUCAGAAACUUCAUCCCUUCAUGUCAGAUCUCCAGGAGGCUUCAGGUUUGCUACUGAAGGCCAUCAGAAAACUAGAGGGAGGUCGUAAGAUUGACAAAGUGCAGGAUGUACAGAGGUGUAUUCUAGAACAGAGAACGCUGAUGAAGGAUGUUCUGGAGGACAGCCGGUUGGUCGCUCUGCAAAGGGAGGGCGGAGCCAUGCUGGCCAGGCUGAGGAGGGAGAGUGACCUCAGAUACUCUCACUGUGAGGAUUACAGUGAUGCUGUAGACUCUGUGACCUAUAUGUACAACCAUGUAGAGGAGCAAGCCCACAUGCUGGUGCAAAGAUCCAACAUGUCCCUGGAGCACCUUGAAUACCUACUCCAACUCAGAGAAAUGGAGGGCCACUUCUCUAAGAUCAGGGAAUGGUUUGAUGCCGAAGGGGAACGGCGGUUGCUGGAGGCAGAAUCAGUGGAGGACUCCAGAGAAAAGGUUGCACAUACUCUCCAGAGUUUCAGAGCAUUCCUCUCUGAAGCCAAUGAGCAGAAGCACCAGGCUUUGGUCCUGGUGACAGAGGCAGAGAAGAUCCAGGGCCCAUCUCCAUACCCUGAGACUGAGGUGUUCAGGACCAUGGUGUGCACUUUCAAGUCUGGCCUGGCUGACUCCCUCUCACGGGCAGAGAGGUGCUCCAGGGAGCUGGAGACUAUGGUCUCUGUUUGCAGCUUCUGUGAACAGGCUACUGAACUGGCCAAAGACUGCAGACAAUACCUGGGCCAGGAACAGGUUGGCAGACACCCAGAGACGGAUGAUAUCUCUACACUCCAGAUGUACCAGGAGAGCUUUGUCCAGUUCUCCCCAGAUCGCUUCCAGGAGGUGAAGGCCCAGGCGUGUGCUCUGAGGGGCUCCAGGGGCAUGCGGGUGUGGAAUGUAGCCUGGCUCAAGUGUCAGGAGGUCAGGCAGCAACUGGAGGAGAGACUACAGGAUGUGGAGAGGGCCUUUCGGAACACAGGCUCCUGGUAUGAACAACAUAGACAUGGUGAGGAUCAGGCCACAGCUCAGACAGUGACUCAUCAUGAUAGAGCUCUGUUACUGCCCAGACCUGGUCCACCACACUGGUACAAUCCCCCAACAGGCUCUAUGGUGGAAAGGUAUCAUGGGAUCUUGGAGAGCAGGAACAACUCUGUGACCUGCUGUAAUAUCAACUUCAAGCCUCAGAAUAACAGACCUUGUAAAGGGUCAAAGGCCACCACCGUGCUGGCCUCUCCCCGUAUCAAAUCCAUUAGGAGAGCGGAGAGGGAGCCCAGCAGGAGAGAGGCCUGUCGAGGGAGGAGAAGAGAGGCCGCCACCCUUGCAGACUCACAGACGGUGGGCUGUGAGUGGUUCCCGUGGAAACGCGGGGGCCUGGGCCGGUCCAUGAGUGAGGACUCGUGUGCAACUGCCAUGUCCAGUCAGUCUGAGGCUCGGGUCCAAACACCGUCCUGCUCCCACGGGCAACCCUCCUGCCGGAUCCUGCAGGCUGCUCAGAAGUUUCAGAUCUCACGGCAUGGUAGCUUCUGCUCAGCAGAGUCCUGUAGUGGCCAAGAAGGAGCAGAGAAGGCCUCUUCAAGGAAUACUAGCUCAUCAGUGAGAAGGUGUGAGGGAACAACAUCUCUGGCAAGUCCAGAGGAGAACGCUGGCAGUGUUAUGAAGCUGCAGAGGAUCAUGGAGGAGCUGCUGUUAACAGAAAGGGAGUAUGUGCGUUCCCUGGGCUACAUCCUGAUGCAUUACCUCCCCCUACUGGAGAGGACUGACGUGCCCCAGGACCUGCGGGGCAAACGUGGAGUGAUAUUUGGAAACCUGGAGAAGCUGUAUGACUUCCACGGCCAUUUCUUCCUCAGGGAGCUGGAGGCCUGUCAGACAGAACCCUUAGGAGUGGCUCGUUGCUUUCUGAGACACAGAGAAAGUUUAGGCCUUUAUGCUCUCUACAGUAAGAACAAGCCUCAGUCAGAUGCCUUAAUCCUUCACCAUCGCCAUGACAUCUUCAAGAGGAAACAGCAGGAGCUGGGGGACCAAAUGGACCUGUCCUCCUACCUGCUGAGGCCCAUCCAGAGGAUCAGUAAGUACAGCCUGCUGCUGCAGGACAUGCUGGGGGUAUGUGGGCCUCAGAGAGACAGGGACAGGGAAGAGCUCCAGGCUGCAGCCGAUGUGAUCCGCUUCCAGAUGCGCCAUGGCAACGACCUCCUCACCAUGGACGCCAUCCAGGACUGUGACGUGAAUCUGAAGGAGCAGGGCCAGCUGAUUCGCCAGGAUGAGUUCAUCGUGUUCUUCAGAAAGAAGAAGUGCUUCCGCCAUAUCUUCCUCUUCCAGGAUCUCAUUCUAUUCAGCAAGACCAAGAAGACAGAUGUGGGCAAUGAUGUGUACAUCUACAAACAGUCUUUCAAAACGUCUGAUAUCGGGAUGACACAUAACUCUGGAGAGAGUGGUCUGUGUUUUGAGAUCUGGAUCCGUAGGAGGAAGUCCCAGGACACGUACACUCUGAAGGCUGACAGGGCAGAGGUGAAGAGGUCUUGGACCAGAGACCUGGAGCAGAUUCUCUGGGAACAAGCUGCCUACAGCAGAGACCUGCGGAUGCAGGAGAGGGUGUUCAAUGGGAUGGGGAGGAAACCUUUCAUGGACAUCCAGCCUAGUGAGGCAGCAAUCUGUGACAGGGCUGUCAACUGUGUCCUGCUAGGAAGAGCCCCGGUGCCGUCUUGUCUACAAACAGAUAUUGAAUAUCUCCGGCCCAACUCCAUUGGUUCAGGCAGUAGUGCCUCUACCUCCUGCAGCCACUCAUCUUCCUCCUCUGGGCGAGGUUCUUUACCUCCGGUUGGUUACCCUGGCAACCAGACACAAGGUGGGGAGGCCAGUCAUAUUGUUCAUUCUUUCCCGGCGACUGUGACUGAAGAGGACCUCAGUAAUCAUCAUAAUCACCAGAAACAAAACCUUCAUCUCAUGGGCUGCACAGAUUCGUCAGGUGAGAGUACCAGUGUGUUCAUAAGCUCGGAACGCAGCUGCCUCUUUGCUAUUGGUGGAGAGAUGGAGGACUCGUCAUCUGUCACGUCCCAGAGUUCCCAGUCCCAUGUCAGCCAGAGAACAGCAGCACCCAGCCUCAGAAAGAACAGCUCACCUGCUACCAUCAGGAAGAAGCCCUCCAUCUCUCCCAAACCACCAGUGCUGGCUGCUCCUCAGAGCCUGCAAAAGAUCAAAGAAAACCGACGGCCAGUACUUUCUUCACAGGGCAAAGAAGUGGUUGCUAUAGGAAAUCAACAGAAGUUUAACCUGUGGAUUCAACGGUCAGAUUGAUGGUGCAGCCUACUGUGACCGUCCUGUGGAUCUCUGAGGAGUGAUGAUGGAGUGCAGUCAAGCUGACCAUCCUGGCAUGAAGAAGGUUUGAAUUAAAAACGCUUGUGAUAACAGAUACGGUAACUAAGACCUCUAGUUGACAAGCACUGGAGAGAAAGCCACUUUUGUUUUUAAAGAGCUACUGUAUCUGGAAUAUUCUAGCUGAAAUAUCAUGAAAAAUGAACACCUGAUGAACUGUGGUUAGCUUAAAGGGUAUCCAUUCAUCUGAUAAUACUACUUGAACAACCACUUCUUUAUCAGCUACUGCUUUAACUGAAUGACUAUGCGUUUGACAUCAUUGGCUCAUAGAACUGACUUCCUUUUUCUUGUAAUAUGUUUGAUAUCUCAGCUAUGAAUUUCAAUGUUGCAAAUUUCUUUGGAACUGACACAUCCUUCCCAUGUGAUGUUUACUCUCUUGAUUACCACAUUUUUACAGAUUUUUGACACGGUUUAUAAUAACAAUGUAGAUAUUGUCAAACAACUGGCGAAAGAAACAACAGUCUUGUCCCCAUCAGUAUUCUCUGCAGGUUCAGGGCAACUUGUCAGUGGCAUGCUUAGACAUGAUUUGCUGCCCAGACAGGUAAAUAGAUUUGGGAUCAAUUAUCCAGGGUCAAAAUAAGCCCAUUGACAGGUGGGAAGAGAAGCAG